GCUGGGCGGCCGGUACUUGCGUUGAAACGUGACUGUGAGUGACCCCACCUUAAAGGGGAGGGAGCCGCGGGGGGAUCCGAGCCCUUUAAGACAAGGCGGGCUGGGGCCUGCCCCUUUAAGGGCAGUGCGUCCGACGGCUGAAUCUGAGCCCCAGAUUACCUUGAGUUUCCGUCACGGGCAGCGAGGAGCAGCUCCUAGGCUGGGUCCGGGUGCUUGGCGGGCGGCGGCGGCCUCAUCCCCGCUCGUCCUCCCCGGGCCCGGAGACAGCCCCGCCCCAGUCAUGCUGAGCAGAGUAUGGAAGCAGCUGACUACGAAGUGCUAUCCGUGCGAGAGCAGCUGUUCCACGACCGGGUCCGCGAGUGCAUCAUCUCAAUACUUCUGUUUGCAACACUCUACAUCCUCUGCCAUAUCUUCCUGACCCGCUUCAAGAAGCCUGCUGAGUUCACCACAGUGGAUGAUGAAGAUGCUACAGUUAACAAGAUUGCGCUGGAGCUGUGCACCUUUACCCUGGCAGUCGCCCUGGGUGCCGUCUUACUUUUGCCUUUCUCCAUCAUCAGCAAUGAGGUGUUGCUCUCGUUGCCGAGGAACUACUAUAUCCAGUGGCUCAACGGCUCCCUCAUCCAUGGUCUUUGGAACCUCGUUUUUCUCUUCUCCAACCUGUCUCUCAUCUUCCUUAUGCCCUUUGCAUAUUUCUUCACAGAGUCUGAGGGCUUCGCUGGCUCCAGAAAGGGUGUCCUGGGCCGGGUCUACGAGACAGUGGUGAUGUUGAUACUCCUCACUCUGCUUGUGCUGGGCAUGGUGUGGGUGGCAUCAGCCAUUGUAGAUAAUGACAAGGCCAGCAGGGAGUCACUCUAUGAUUUCUGGGAGUACUACCUCCCCUACCUCUACUCCUGUAUCUCCUUCCUCGGAGUGCUCCUGCUCCUGGUGUGCACUCCACUAGGUCUUGCCCGCAUGUUCUCUGUCACUGGGAAGUUGCUGGUCAAGCCCCGGUUACUGGAAGACCUGGAGGAACAGCUGAACUGUUCGGUGUUUGAGGAGGCAGCUCUGACUCGAAGAAUCUGCAAUCCCACCUCCUGCUGGCUGCCUUUGGACAUGGAGCUGCUGCACAGACAGGUCCUGGCUCUGCAGACCCAGAGGGUCCUCUUGGAAAAGCGGCGGAAGGCUUCAGCCUGGCAGCGGAACCUGGGCUAUCCUCUGGCCAUGCUGUGUCUGCUGUUGCUGACGGGCCUGUCUGUGCUCAUUGUGGCCAUCCACAUCCUGGAGCUGCUCAUUGAUGAGGCUGCCAUGCCACGGGGCAUGCAGGAUGCCUCCCUGGGCCAGGUCUCCUUCUCCAAACUGGGAUCCUUUGGUGCCAUCAUCCAGGUUGUGUUGAUCUUUUACCUGAUGAUAUCCUCGGUCGUGGGCUUCUACAGUUCUCCACUCUUCCGAAGCCUGAGGCCCAGAUGGCACGACACAGCUAUGACACAGAUAAUUGGAAAUUGUGUCUGCCUCCUGGUCCUAAGCUCAGCACUUCCUGUCUUCUCCCGAACCCUUGCCUUUGCUGGCCUCACCACACUCUGUCUGGUGAAGACCUUCACUGCGGCUGUGAGAGCGGAGCUGAUCCGAGCCUUUGGGCUGGACAGGCUACCCUUGCCUGUUUCUGGUUUUCCCCGGGCUUCUAGGAAGAAACAGCACCAGUGACCUCCCGCUAGGGGUUGAGAAGGAGAAAA